GACUCGCCUCUGCAGGCUCGUGACUGGCUGCUGCCUUGCUACACUUACCCACCCCUGCCAUGGCGAAGGAAGCGUCAGCUCCGCUGUCCACCCUGAAAGGCGGGCGCCCUCCGGCAGUCAAAUCUGGAGGUAGGAGAGUUUCCAAAAAGCAAGAAAAUGGAGCUGUUGAGAAAAAUUCCAAGAACCCUGGAAAAGAGAAGACAAGCUCAAUUGUUAGUGUUACAAAAAUGCAAAAUAUGGGUAUCUUACUAGCUGAUACACUGGAGAAAAUCAGCCACAAAUUUCCUGCAGCAGCAGCACAGAUGGCCUAUCAAAAGCCACGACCAACCCUGGAGAAGAAUAUGUGGUCCAAAAGAAUUUACAUUAUCCAACAACCUCGGAAAUGUUAAGAUAUAAAGCAAAAAUAGUCAUGUCUGCUUGACAGUGAGCUAGUCUAACCACAAUCUGUUAUUAAAUGCUAUUUGCAAAAGGACAAAAACAUAGGGAAAUAGUUUGCUGGCUGAACUGUAUUGUAUCUUUUUCAUUUCUGGCAAUAAAACACUUCAUAAGUAUACUAA